AUGGUUCAAGUCAUGGACAUGUAUGGGCGAUCAGGACGACCCUAAGUGAGGAUUAAAUACCUACAUUUAAAGGGCUGAUGUUUUUAAAAAGUCUUAAGAUAUAUCACUAAGAUAUUAUCAAAAUGGAAAAUUAUUUUGAAAAAAAGCGACGAGAAAAUAAGAGUCGUAUGAAGAAUGAGACAUUGGACAACAUGAGUCGUAACGUUAAGCCAAAAAACGUUCACCAAAAAAUCACGGAGAUUAGUCUGGAAGACGAGACUUUGACUCUAUGGAGACCUUCGGUAGACAACAACCAGUACCGUCUGAUACCGGAAACCAUCGACCAGGGGCAAUGGGAGACCUUCCGUCCGAUGUACUACCACAAAUUUGACUGUAUCAGCAGUGUUCUCCCCUUUGAUGACGCGAUUCCGGUGAUCGCCAACCAAGCGACCACCCUCGUCCCCACGCAUGACUAUUCCAUACUUAGGGACUAUCCUCGCAUCCGGGGUCUGUGGUAUCAACCGGAAAAGGCUGACAUCAUUAGCAUUGAUGACGUGUCACCCGUGGGUAAUAUAAAAUUUUCGAUCUUUUUCCCCCGCUCCGAUCACGAUCAUUUGAUAAGCAAGCUGAACAUGUACUAUUUAGAAGUGAUGGAUUACGAGUCUGAUGACAAGUCGGUGUCCCGUUUUCUUCUGACGAAAAACGAAUACCCCGAUUUACCGCUUUACGAUUCAAAUAAACCAGGCGGACCGGUGUUCAUAGAAAAACAUGACACGUUAGACGGUGUAUUGGAAACUUACUACUUCCUGCGAAUAUGUACCAGCUACACGGGCCGGAUUAUGGAACAUGAGGUCGAGUUUAUGUUAGAAGAAGAUCCCUGGCCCCUGUGUCAUAUCUCCUCGGUGACACACAAACCAUUCAAGCCACCCGUAAAUAUACUGGAUUUGAAUGAGAAUCUGGAUGUAGAAACGUGUGUUAAAUUAAACACACGGUUCCAGGCCUCGACCUGGGAGGAUACGUUGGCGGGUCUGUUCGCCUGGUCGCUAAGGACGCAUCUGCCAUGGCUCGUCUACGAGAGACUUCACGAAAACAUCAAAGGAACGGUAACUCUUACCGCUAUGACGUCACCAUUGGAAACCAUUUCCAUUCCACGUAGAGCAGUGGUGUGCAGCCGGAAGUUGGAUCUACUCAUUGAACUGAAUGCUUUUAUAGUUAAAUGCCAAAAUGACAAAGACUUACAAGAUCUCAAGAAUCUUUUCUGCUCACUUCACGAAUGUGACGACACGUGUCCUCUAGUGAGUGUACGACACAUUGACAUGCAUCGUGUCAUGCCGCCAUAUUUGUGCCUAAUAGAGCGUGUGAUAGCUAGUAACUAUAUCCCUCUCCGACGUCAAAUCGUGACGGCCAUGCUUCCUUGGCCAGUGCUUGCAUUUUAUUUUGCAGAUUUGAAGAUUGACAGUUGUCGGAAAAUGAUUGCAUUUAUAAGUCAGGUCGACGGUGUGUGCCAGGAAUUUCCAGGGGAUUUUACAUAUCCUCUUACGAGUACUCAAGACUUCAACUGUAAUCUUACAAUGGACUACACAGAGAAAACGUCAGGGUUCGAGUCUCUCUCCUCCGUCGCUGACCUGGACGCCGACAGUGACGAGAGUGUGUAAUGUGGCGAUUGAUAUUUAUCCCCUUGUUUAAAAUGUGAAGAAAAGUUAGAAUUAGGGGUACACCUGUAACAAUACGGAAAACACGUGUUAUUGCCUUUAGGAUUGUUGCGUAAGAAAGUAUGUUUCCGUAAAAGUUACUGAUGUGUGUCAAGGAGAAGGAAUAAGGGACUAUUUACAUUGACAGUUGUGUUGGGAGAAGCCUAUGGAGGCGUGACAGUAUGCAUGACCAAUCAGAAGUAUUUCCCUUAUCAAUUACACAGCACUGAACCGCAGUGAAAAAUUUAGGUUUACGUCAUUUGCGGUGAAGUUUCACGGUAGAGGUAUAUUUUGUAGUUUUUCAUUUGUGUUACAAAGCACAAAGUUGUCUUGAAUGGGUGUCUUGUGGCCAUAAAAGUAGAUAAAUCUAAGGGAAAAGUUACUAGAAACUAUAUCCCUUCACAGACAGGGUUUGUGUCAGAAUGGAGGGAUGGAGACAAGGGUUACUUCCCUUGACAGACAGGGUUUGUGUCAGAAUGGAGGGAUGGAGACGAGGGUUACUUCCCUUCACAGACAGGGUUUGUGUCAGAAUGGAGAGAUGGAGACGAGGGUUACUUCCCUUCACAGACAGGGUUUGUGUCAGAAUGGAGGGAUGGAGACAAGGGUUACUUCCCUUGACAGACAGGGUUUGUGUCAGAAUGGAGAGAUGGAGACGAGGGUUACUUCCCUUCACAGACAGGGUUUGUGUCAGAAUGGAGGGAUGGAGACAAGGGUUACUUCCCUUGACAGACAGGGUUUGUGUCAGAAUAGAGGGAUGGAGACAAGGGUUACUUCAAUUGACAGACAGGGUUUGUGUCAGAAUGGAGGGAUGGAGACAAGGGUUACUUCCCUUCACAGACAGGGUUUGUGUCAGAAUGGAGGGAUGGAGACAAGGGUUACUUCCCUUGACAGACAGGGUUUGUGUCUGAAUGGAGAGAUGGAGACGAGGGUUACUUCACUUGACAGACAGGGUUUGUGUCAGAAUGGAGGGAUGGGGACGAGGGUUACUUCACUUGACAGACAGGGUUUGUGUCAGAAUGGAGGGAUGGGGGACAAGGGUUACUUCCCUCGACAGACAGGGUUUGUGUCAGAAUGGAGGGAUGGAGACGAGGGUUACUUCACUUGACAGACAGGGUUUGUGUCAGAAUAGAGGGAUGGAGACAAGGGUUACUUCCCUUGACAGACAGGGUUUGUGUCAGAAUGGAAGGGAUUGGGGACGAGGGUUACUUCACUUGACAGACAGGGUUUGUGUCAGAAUGGAGGGAUGGAGACGAGGGUUACUCCCUUGACAGACAGGGUUUGUGUCAGAAUGGAGGGAUGGAGACGAGGGUUACUUCACUUGACAGACAGGGUUUGUGUCAGAAUGGAGAGAUGGAGACGAGGGUUACUUCACUUGACAGACAGGGUUUGUGUCAGAAUGGAGGGAUGGAGACAAGGGUUACUUCCCUUGACAGACAGGGUUUGUGUCAGAAUGGAGGGAUGGGGACGAGGGUUACUUCCCUUGACAGACAGGGUUUGUGUCAGAAUGGAGGGAUUGGGGACGAGGGUUACUUCACUUGACAGACAGGGUUUGUGUCAGAAUAGAGGGAUGGAGACAAGGGUUACUUCCCUUGACAGACAGGGUUUGUGUCAGAAUGGAGGGAUGGAGACAAGGGUUACUUCCCUUGACAGACAGGGUUUGUGUCUGAAUGGAGGGAUGGAGACAAGGGUUACUUCCCUUGACAGACAGGGUUUGUGUCAGAAUGGAGGGAUAGAGACGAGGGUUACUUCCCUUGACAGACAGGGUUUGUGUCAGAAUGGAGGGAUGGAGACAAGGGUUACUUCCCUUGACAGACAGGGUUUGUGUCAGAAUGGAGGGAUGGGGACGAGGGCUACUUCCCUUGACAGACAGGGUUUGUGUCAGAAUGGAGGGAUGGAAACGAGGGUUACUUCCCUUGACAGAAGGGGUUGUGUCUGAUUGGUAGGAAGGAUACGAGGGUUAUAUCCCUUGAAUACGGGGUUGUGUCAGAAGCAGGAAGAAGAGAAAGAGGGAUAUUCCCCUUGACACUAGCUGACAUGCGUUGUUGACGACGUAUGCCGGUUAAUAAAAAGAAUAGGCUGGAUCUUGUGAACGCGGGGAGGCAAUCCUCUUUUCUCUUGGCGUCAAUUUUAUUGAUGAAAUUCGGAUGACGAACAUAUUUACUGAAUAGAAGAUAGUAUUAUUAUCCUGCUUAUCUGAUUAAUUAUUCUUUAAAAUCAUAACGAAAGAAGCCAAUCUCUGUUCUAAAGUCUGGACAGGGAAACACUACAGCUAAUACGAAUAGAUGUAAUCACUCUACCAAUUACCACACGGCCUUUUAAGUUAGUACUCAUCCAAUCCAACAAUAACGAGGCAAGUCAACUUCCGAACGUAUCAUUUUGGUCAAGGGAUCAAAUUUGGAUACUUUGUUGAUUAUGUGCCUUUAAUGUCGCUGUCACGUCAACAAAUCAGGCUCGCGAUACGCACGUGACAGGUAUUUAGGGUCCCCGUUAUGAUUCUACUAGAUAGCUACAUAUAUACAUACUUUUAUUUGUACAUUGGAGAUUGUUACAUGUAUAUAAAAAGUCUACGUCUUCAGAAGGGUUUGGUUAUAUGUAACCUACUUUAGUUAUUAUAACAGUUGUUUAGUUUGAUGUGAUAACUAACGCACGUUUGCAUCUUACUUUCUGUGUUACGAAAUACAUCCUGAUUUCUUUUCAUUUAAGGAUGCAUGCUACCAGGUAUAAUCUUACCUCCUAACCAAAAGAGUUAUACACUAAAAGUGGAUCAUCUUUUAUGUUUAUGACAUUUUUUUCUGGAUGGGACUUCAUUAUAAGAAUUUCGACCGUAGAAGAGAGAUAACUCCUGUUUUAGAAAUAUACUUACUUGAUUUAUAUGUACGGGGCACCGUUUUACUAUUCCCAUUUAGUUUUAUCACCUAGUCACUUAAGUGAUAUCACUUAGACGUUUGGAUAGGUGGUAUCACUUAGUUAUUCGAGUGAUAUCACUAAAUAGAUGUUUGAAUAGUUGAUGUAGUUUAAAUAGGUGGUAUCACUUAGUCAUUCGAGUGAUAUCACUAAAUAGAUGUUUGAAUAGUUGUAGUUUAAAUAGGUGGUAUCACCUAGUCACUUAAGUGAUAUCACUUAAUAAAUGUUUGAAUAGUUGUAGUUUAAAUAGGUGAUAUCACUGAGAUGACUAACUGAUAUCACUUAGAAGUUUUGAUAGAUGACACCACUUAGUCAUUUCAAGUAAUAUAAUUUAUUAAUUAUUUCACACAAUAGAAAACUAUAGAUAAUCCCUGUCAGUUCAUCUAAGUGAAAUCAAUUAUUCAACUUUUCAAUAAGUGAUAUUACCUAAUUGCUAUUAUAUCCCAUGCAUGAGUGUAUGUAUAAUGAAAAAAAUGAAAGGAAAUAUUAUUUAUCUAUACCUAUGUAUAAUGUGAUUCUAAAUAAAUAUAAAACAACAAAUGUCAAUUUUGUUUUUGUUUAUUUUUGAAAAAUAUAAAAAUGUGUAAUUUUUGUGAAAUACGGAAAUUUAGCUAUAUAUUUUAACAUAGUAUAACGAUCGUCAUGAAUAGAACACGAAAUAAUACAUUUCGUGUGAUUCAAUGUAUGAGACACUUUUCAAGCGACACAUUAACUGCAGAUGUAGAUAUUUUUAUAGAGUUAUCAAGCUUAAUAUGAAGAGUCUGGUGUUGGUUUAAAACAAAGCCCAGACUCCCGAACAAAUGAUGACGCAUACAUAUAAAACGACGAUAUUAUCUGACUCUAUAUGAUGAAGCUACAAAUGAUAUGACUCUGGUAUGUGAUUAUAAUUAAUGUUAAUGAAGGUUCUAUAUAUUAACACCCGAAUUAGAUACAAUUAUUGUUCAUUACUUCUAUUGAGUAUUUACGACAUUUGGCCUUGGACCUAUUAUUUCUCUUUGUUUAGAAUCACAGGGAUUGGACACAAUUUCCCAACACGCGGUUUACGUAUACUUGUCUUAUGAUCCCCAUACUCAAAUUAAUAUAUAAAGAAAUAUAUAUACAUAUAUAUAGACCGUGGGUUGAGAUUUUUUUCCAGGUCCCUGUGUUACUUUCAAUACAUGUAUAUGGACCAUGGAUUGAUAUUUUUUCCAGGUCCCUGUGCAACUAUUAUAUAUGGACCGUGGAUUGAGAUUUUGUAUCAUAUGUGUCACUGAACAAAUCAUUUCAAGCGGCAGUCAUGAUUUUUUUAUACAAUGGGAAAUAUAAUGAGAAACAAACAUGGCCGAAAGAGCGACCACAGUACACUUUUGGUAAAAAUAUACAAACACAAAAAUAUACAAACACAAAAAUAUACAGAUGAGGUUAAGUGUUCCCAUAACGAAGGAUACAGUUAUCUAGGAUAUAUUACCAAUGUCAACAUUUUCUUUAUAAUUUAAACAAUGAGGUUAACAUGAAGACAAUACACAAUGGGGUUAACAUGAAGGCAAUACACAAUGGGGUUAACAUGAAGACAAUACACAAUGAUAAUGCGUACAGCCGGGAACAAUAACCUCUCAAAUAUCAGCCAUUUUACAUCACUGUAGAUAUGGAUGUAUAUAACCGUGUUGAUGAUUUCUAUAAAAUAAUGUUGAUGAUUUCUAUAAAAUUCUGUCGAUAUAAAUAAAAACAUUUAUAUCAAACAAAAUAAGAGGCCCAGGGGCCUUAUCGGUCACCUGAUUUAACGAAACUUUACAACAUCUCACCUAUCUGACAUUGAAGUAGGUCAAGGGCAAACUUUGCAGCCAUCCAUCCCACAGUGCGUAUCGACUAACGUCAUGACACAAAGCCACGUCAAAACCCAAAGCCUCUUGGUUGUUGAGAAGAAGACAUUUAAGUAUUUCAAAAGCUAUGAACCUUUUGACAUUAAAAGUAGAUAUAUAGGUCAAGGUCAUCCAAUUAUACAAACGUUGUAGCUCUGUAUAUUCCAAUGUGACUUUGGUUUGAUAUCAUUACUCUAAUAAACCUCUUGGUAAUUGAGAAAUUGUUUAAAAAAUUGAACAUAUUUGACUUCUAUAACUUUGAAAGUAUGUCAAGGUCGUUCAUUUGAACUUACAUGGUAUUCAUUCAUCCCAGUAUGCUACAGGCCCAAUAUCAUGACCCUGGGCAUUUUGGUUAUUGAGACCUCAGAUAUAGUUUAAAGAUUUUAACACAUUUGAACUCUAUGACCUUGGAAAUAUUUCAAGGUAAUUCAUUUGAACAAAUUUUUCCAACAUGCUACUGUCCAAUAUCAUUACCAUUGGCCUCUUAGUUGUUGAGAAGUUGUUUAACGAUUUUAACUCUUCGGCCCAUUUGAAUAUAAACCAAUGUCUUUCAUUCAACAUAUACGAUAGCCCUUAGUCCAAGCAUGCUAAUGUUAAUUGUUUACGGUCGCAAGACGCACUAUCACGAGCAAGAGACAAUUAAAAUGGGUCACGUGAGAGUGACGUAAUAAACAUUAUCCUUACAUACAUUAUUGGGUAAAGGAAGGUGGCAAGGCUCUCAUUUUUAGCUUACCUCACUAUUAAACAUCUCAAGGAUAUUUGAUAUUUGACAAUGGAAUUAUGAAUUUAUUUUUUUUAAAUAUAAAAAUGGACCUCAAUAUACAUAUACGGUAUAAAGGCACUAGAUUCAUUUUAGGCAUACGACGCCUUCCCGAAAAUAAUAUUUUAAAUAGUUUAAGUUUUACCUUUAGAAGUGUAAGUGAAAUUGAAAGAAAAUUUACACUACGGAC